AUGCCGUCUACAUCCUCGGUGAAGCGCGAUGGAGAGUUCCUGGGCUUGCAGGACAAGAGCACGCAGACGGAGUGGAGCUGUGAAAGCCGGCAGGAGAAGAAGAACACCGAGGGCCCACAUUUCCCAGUCGCUGUUCACUGCAGCCCCAGAGUUGUGACCAGCUCCUAUCAGUCAGUGUUCGGGACCAUGCUCAGAGAAAUGGCGGCUAGCAGUGAACUGGAGGAGGAUAUUAACAUUCCCCUGACCCGUCAUCUGGAGAGAGAGACCAGAAGGAAACUGGGAAUUCUGCUGAAGAAAAAUUUUGGAAAAUAUAAGGAAACAAUCCUCUGGAUUAUGAAGAAACGUGAAAGUAAGAACCCUCUCCCACCUUCCACCCCCGCUGCCCGGCUCUCCUGGGUACAUCAAGGUGAUGCAAAAAUCAUUCUCUACCCCAGUGAGAUUGUCUUCCAAAUUCUCUUUCCUGAUGGAUCAGGCCAGAUACAUUAUCCAUCAGGACACCUGGCUAUGCUCAUCCUCAGUAUAAAAGAGGGAAAGUUCACAUACAUCAUUCUGGAAGACAGUGAAAAUAUGUGUGUCCGGGCCCUUAUCAACAACUCUGGCCAUGCCACCUUCUAUGAUGAAAAUGGAAACAUCUGGUUGAACCUGAGCCCAAACCUGGGAUACUACUUCACCAGAGACAAGUACCAGAAGGCCUGGAACUGGUGGGAUCUGAACCUCCACAUCCAUGCACCCCCCGUCCAGCCCAUCUCCUUGAAAAUCAACCAGUACAUCAAGGUACAAAUAAGGAGCCAGGAUAAGAUCAUCUUCCGCUUCAUCCACAAGCAGCAGCACAUUUGCUUAAACCUAGGCACCAAGUACAAGUACAUUACCCCGGCGGUGCUGAGCGAAAUGAAGAAGGAAGCAGUCCUGGAGAUGGAAUUCAGUUCAACGGCUCAGAAGAUCCAGAUCCUUCUAGGGAAAAUGAGGACGAUCCUGAGUACACUGACCACCUCUGAUUUGGAAUGCUUCAUACAGGCGCUCAGCGUGGCGCUGCACAGCGUGGCGCCAGCACCCUACCGAGCCUAA